AUGGCUUUAAUUAAUGUAACCAAUACCACUAGAAAGGAAAAAUCGUUACUACUCAACACUUUAGCCGGUUCAGUGAAAACACUAGAAAAUUCCUACACGACGGUGGAUUUAAGAAACGAGCACUGCGUAACUGGAAAAAUUGUCAAGGUAGAUGGAUACAUGAAUUUGGAAAUGGAAGAUGUCGUAUUUUACGAUAUGAGAGGAGCUCAAAAAUGUCUUGCAACUUUUUACGUUUGCGGUAGAAAUAUAAGGCAAGUGCACAUCCCCAAGAGAAUCGACCCGGUGGAAAUGUUCAAAAACCAAUUGACAAACUUGACCAGAAGAAAAGAGAAAACAAAAAAAGUAUUCAAGACUAGCAGAGCUGAAAAGAAAAAUCUACAAACCAUCAGAGAAGCCUACAAAUAA